AUGGCGUCGACCUCGCAGGCCUUGCUCACGGCCCAGACCACCUACAAGAAGCAGCCGGGCACGCUCGUUCUCGUCCAAGAUGCGCUCCGCUGGACCGCCCAGGGCGCAUCCACCGCCUCGCUCUCUCUCCCCACCUCGCGCAUGACCGCCCUCUUCGCGUCCAAGCCUGGCGGCGCACGCGUCAUGCUCAAGGUCCAGUUCCUCCCCGUCCCUCCCGCCCACGACGACUCGCACAACUUCACCUUUACCUCGCCCACCACCGCACUCGCCGACCGCGACCGCUUCAAGGACGACCUCUCGGCCGCCGUCGCCCGCAACCGCGAGCUCGAGGCGGCCCAGGCGCAAGCCCAGGCCCAGGCGGGAGCAGCCGGCGCCAAUGCGACGGCGAACGGCGGCGACAAGGGCAAGGGCAAGGAGCGCGCCAUCGAUUCGCCUGCGACAUCAUCCGGGCCUGGGACGCCCGGCCCUGCAGGGGCAAAAGGAGGACCGGCGGCGAGCGCGACGACGACGACGGCGGCCGCGACGACCAACCGCCUGCGCAAGCUCGUCCUCCAGGCCAACCCGAACCUGCUCGCGCUCCACCGCGAGCUCGUCCUGACGUCCAUCAUCUCCGAGGCCGAGUUCUGGGACGGCCGGGAGGACCUCCUCGAGGCCGUCGCCGCCGAGCAGGGCCUCGUCAAGGGCAAGAGCGGCGAGAUGGUCGACCCCAAGACGGUCACGGGCCAGAACGGCGAGGUGACGGUCAAGAUCACGCCGGCCCUCAUCCGCGAGAUCUUUGAAGAGUUCCCCGUCGUCCUGCGCGCCUACAACGACAACGUGCCCGAUCCUCUCGACGAGGCCGCUUUCUGGACGCGCUACUUCCAGUCCAAGCUGUUCAACCGCAACCGGACGACGAACCGGGCCGCCGUCGACGCCAUCAAGGACGACGCCAUCUUUGACCGCUACCUCGGUCAGGAGGACGACGAUGUCGAGCCUCAGAACGUGCCCGAUCACGAAAUCUAUCGCCUGCUCGACCUCGCCGCGACCGAGGAGGACCAGCACGAGAUCCCGAACCUUCCUCGCGACUUUACGAUGAAGCCCGGCGGGCAGCGAGCGAGCCUGCCGCUCAUGCGGCGCUUCAACGAGCACUCGGAGCGUCUCCUCAACCAAGCUCUGGGUUCUGCGGCAGAUCGAGAGCGAGGGUUCCUCGAUCCUGGGCAUGCCGGCGACCGGCGCUACUACAACGAGAUCGAGCUCUCGGACCUCUCGGCGCCGACGACCAACGGCGACCGCAUCGCGCUCACGCUCGCCGACCGCAGCGACGCCCUGUCGUCGGCUGGCGCAGGCGGUGCAGGGGCGGGCAAGGAGGGCGAGGGCGACGAGAUCGAGGGCUUGGAGGAGAUCUACCGCAGGAAUGAGAGGGUUAGGGAUACGAUGGAGGGGGUCCGGGACGAGUGGGAGGGGAGGCUGGCAGAGUUCGAGGUCGACGCCGCAGCUGUGCGAGACGGCAUGCGCGACAUGACCAACUCGAUCUCGCAGCAGGUCGAGCGCACGCGCAAGACGGCCGGCGGCGGGGCGAGCAGCGGCGGUGGCCUCCCUCGGCAGCACGUCACGACCGUCUCGUCCCUCAGCACGACCACGUUCGAGUACCUGCGCCACUUCUACUCGUCCUUCCUCCCGCCCCGCACCUCGACCCCUCUCUCGCCCGCCGACCACAAGGAGCGUCUCGCACGCGCCGAGCGCUUCGCGGGCUACCUCGCCAAGAGCGCCGAGCGCGUCGCGCGCGCCGUCGAGGACGCGAGGGCGCAGGACGGCGACGAGGUCGGAAGGAGGGUCGAGACCUACGCCUUCAUCGAGGUCUUCAUCGAGUACUCGGUCGUCAUCAUGGCUCCUCCUGCGCCCGCCAAGAACGCCGUCGCGCCCGUCGCGCCGGCCGCACCUGUCGCUCCCUCCAAGCACUCGGCGACUGUCGACGCCGGCUACGACGUGCGCAUCGUCGUCGACCUCGACCUCAAGCUGUAA